GAUCUGCUUUUUUUCAUUGGUUGUUGUGUUAAAUCUUACCCAGAUACAAUAGUGCUAUUUUCUGAUUGGCACUUUACAUUUUGGGCGCUGUGGCUUAUUAAAUAUUUGAUAAAUAGUACGUUAUACUGAGUGACAAAUACUAAUUGCUUUAGUAUUUGUCACGCACUGAGUGUGACAGUGAUAAAUAGUACGUUAUUCUGAGUGACAAAUACGAUGUGUGGCGGGAGCGUGACAAAAGACAGAAAUGCAUCACUGUCACACUCAGUGCGUGACACUUGACAGCCCUGUACUACACUGUAGGGCCAAAGGAGCUUGAUUGUCCUACACAGAUCUCAACCCCACUGAACACCUUUUAUACCAACAGUAAAUAUAUGCUAUAUGAUAAAAUGGUCAUUCCCUCACCAGCCUCUUUUUUUCUCACCUGAAGUUAAUAAGACAAAAAAAAAAUCAUAUCCUGUCAUUGUUUCAGAUGUUUAAUGAACAUUUAUUGAAAAAACUUCACUAUUGCCAGCACUGCUGUUAUAAACAAUGUCUCAAUAUCUUUAAAGCAAUUAGAUUUGAGAACUGAAAAGUGCUGUGACAUAAGUAAUGGCAGAUCUUUGUGUAAAGUCUCCUUCAUGAACAUGUGUGACAUCACAUUAAUAAGCCAGUGGACAUGUAAGCGUGUUGGCCUAAUCCUUUGGAUCUGUCUGCUGUUAAUCCAAGAUUUACCUCAGUCAGUCACUCCUACACACAUGAAUGAAGAUAUAUUGUAGAAGUCAUUCGCUGUGAUGGUGAGAAACACCCAGGUCUUCACUCAUCAGUUUUGAGUCAUGUCAGGAGUGAACAUUCUAGUCUGGAUCGUCCUGUUGCUUUUUGCAGAUGCUGUUUCUUACAAGGACUUCAGUGCCUGCAAAAACAGUCCAUGUCAAAAUGCUGGUGUUUGCAUAAAGAAUAAAGACAGUUAUGCUUGCCAAUGUUCUAACCACUCUCAAAACGGGCAACUCUACGGUGGGCCGAACUGCACAGUUGCACUGCAGGGCUGUGAGCGUAACCGAUGCCAAAAUGGUGCCAAAUGCUUUCCUUUUCUCAGCAGUGGUCGACACAGAUACCGCUGCAUCUGCCCUGAAGGAUAUACCGGCACAAGGUGUGAGAUAUCCACCACAUUCUCAUUUGAAAAAAGUGGAUUCUUACACAUCAAAACAGACCUUGAAGACACAGUAGCCCUUCUGAACACUACUUUGAGUUUUCGCACAGUUCAAAAAACAGUGACUUUACUGCACUGCGAAGUGGAAGAGUAUGUACUCACACUGCAGUUGCAAAAUGGCAGACUACGUCACUCCGUCCAAUGGGACAACCACAGCAGGUCAGAUCUGGUGGAACUGUUUCAAGAUGUAGCUGAUGGACAUUGGCAUACAGUGCAGCUUUUCUUUUAUGGAAGUGUGCUAGGACUCGAUUUGCAGGACCCACUGUGCACUGUGAAAACUUGCCACAAAGAAGUGUUAGUGGAACAGGAUCUGGGAUCUGGGUCAGGGCAGUCGUCUUUCACUCUGGUCCAGAGUGUCUAUAUAGGUGGAACAGGGAAUGGGCAAGUAAACCCAGAAUCCUAUUUCCUGGGCUGCAUGCGGGAUGUCUACAUUCAGUCCCACCUGGUGGUUCCAGAGUUAAAGUUCAGGGCUGAGCAGUUCAGUAUGACUUUGGGCUGCAGGGAAAGUGAUGGCUGUGAGAAUAAUCCAUGCAGGAACAGAGGGAAGUGCCUCGGCUUAGGAUGGAAGAAACACGAUUGUGAGUGCCAUCGUCCUUAUGAAGGAAAGGUCUGCUCCGAGGAACACAUCGCUGCACGGUUUGGAAAUGAAGAUGUGGAAAGCUAUGCGAUUUUUUAUGUGGAAGAUGACCCCAUGGACGCUUUUACAGUGUCUGUGUUCAUUCGCACUCGCCAUAUAAAUGGUCUGCUCCUUGUUUUUUCCAACACCACGAGCCGUUACCUGCACAUAUGGUUGGAUGGUGGGAAGGUCAAAGUUCAGGUGAAUCACUUUGAAAUUCUGCAGGGUCACGACCGAGUUAAUGAUGGACAUUUUCACCUGGUGAGCCUGCACGUGGAGCGGGGAACGCUCACGCUUGUGCAUUCGGCUAGGACUCAGGUCGUGAUGGCCAGCCGAGGUUUGACAAUCCAAGCAGGUGACACGGUUCAUGUGGGAGGAUUAGAGGAUCGAAAAGCCUCAUUAGCAUUCGGUGGCUACUUUAAUGGAUGUAUCCAGGACCUGCGGCUUAACUUUAAUUACCUGCAGUUUUACCCAAUCAGCAUGCCACUGACUUCCUACAGGCUUAAAACGAUGGUGCAGGUCACACAGGGCUGUACAGGCGAUAAUUACUGCAGGAUGAACCCCUGUCUGAAUGGCGGGGUGUGUUACUCCAUGUGGGAUGAUUUCACCUGCAGAUGCCCUCCGAACACAGCAGGACGUCGCUGCGAGGAGCUGAAGUGGUGUGUGCGUUCUCCGUGCCCAGGUUCUGCAAGGUGUCUCGCACACGCCCAGGGUUUCGACUGUGUUACAAACGUCACUGUCCGUGAAGGAAACCCCAUCAUCGUGUUUAGAGGUAACGGCAAAAUCCACCGGUCCCUCCGCAGCGUGGCCCUGACAUUCCGCACGAGGCGACGUGAUGCUACAUUGCUGCACGCUUCAAGAGAAAACAACUUCCUUACACUUUUAAUCAAAGACGGACGACUUGUUCUGGAGUUUCGGAGUGGCGCAAACUUCCCACUCCGAGUGCAAAACCGCCGUGUAAUGGUGAACGAUGGACGCUGGCAUAGUGCCAUCCUAAGUAUGAACACCCCAUCCGCACCUACCUCUAGAUGGUCCAUGGUUCUUGAUGACCGCAGAGACCAAGCGUCCAUCUCCAGCACCACUUCUGGAGAUCUGGACUUCCUGAGGGAAGACACGGACAUCCUUCUGGGAGGCUGGGAGCUCGAUACUGGGGCCGAUUUGGAAGGAUGUUUUGGUUAUGUGGAAAUUGGUGGUCUUGUUUUGCCAUUUUAUGCAGAAACAGAUCUCAGCAUGCCCAGACCUCAGGAGGAAAGGUUCUUGAGGUUGUCUGGAAUGCUGACCUUAGGGUGUUGGGGCUCUGAUAUUUGCAAUCCGAACCCUUGCCACAAUGGAGGCCAGUGUGAGGAUCAUUUCGACCUCUUUAAAUGUCGAUGCCCAGCUGAUUGGCACGGUCAGUUUUGCGAAGUCAGGACUGAUGCCUGCUACUCGAAUCCUUGUCUUCAUGGAUCCUGUGUCACCGUUUAUGAAGGAUUUGAGUGUGUGUGUGAGCCAGGAUACACUGGUCAUCUCUGUGAAAAUAAAGAGGACGUGUGUAUGGGACACAAGUGCCGUAAUGGAGGUACCUGCCUCAGAGGAAUCAAGCAAUACGCCUGUCUUUGCCCAAGAAACACAACCGGAGCUCUCUGCCAAGAACGGAUGCCAGAAAUGCCUUGGUACAUCGACAGAAUUCCGUCUCCCAGGCUGCCCGUGUCCAUCUGUGGGAAUGAUAAGUGGACAUACAGCUGCUUUAAUGGUGGAAACUGCUCUAGGUUUGAGAACAAGUGUGACUGCCUGUCUGGUUUUAGCGGACAGUGGUGUGAGCUGGAACUGGACGAGUGCGCGUCUGGCCCGUGCCUGAACGACGGAUACUGCCGCAACCUCAUCGACAAAUUCCACUGUGUGUGUGAGAUCAGCUUCGCCGGCGAACACUGCCAGAUCGACAUCAGCGAUUUCUACCUCUAUGGUUUCCUGCUGAUGUGUCAGAAUAUCUUUCAGCUGCUCUCCUACCUCAUCCUGCGCAUGGACGACGAGCCUGAGAUUGAGUGGAACGCUGCCAACGAGGAGUAAAGAAAAAUCACAGGAAUAAGUGACGACGGACGAGAUGUCUAAAUAAGGGAGGGUGGGGGUCUGUAUGAAACACAGCAUGUCAGUAGUAACAAUGACAUCAUUCAUAACUACAGAAUAGAAAGUUUAAAUGAAAGACGUUUUAAAUGAAAAGUGCCCUCACGAAAAAGUUUUAACCUCUGAAGAUGUUUGGAUGAAAAUCUUAUACCGCUGCAACCUGCCAACAGCUACAAGCAUUAAAUUAUUCCUUGAAGAUACGUCAUGUUUUUUUUUCCUUUUACAUGUUUGAGCUGCUUGUAUUCUGUAAAUCGUAUUCUGAGGGUUUUUUUUUUUGUCUAGCAGGCCAGAAAAUAAAUGUACUCACUAAAUGUUAUAGUACAUGUUGUCUUAGUAUUAUUCUAUUCUAGGAGUCUGUUUAAAGAUUUGUUCACCCAAGCCAUAUACAGUUCUGCUUUAGCCUCAGAGUUAUUUCUGAGCCAGUUGUCUUGUAUUCCAAGUAUGCGUCCCUUUGAAUUAGUGUUUACUUUUGCCUCAAAGCCUCUGAGAAGUGUUGACUCCAAACCGGUCCCUAUUCUCAUAAAAGGCAAAGUGCACAAGGGUCUGAGUGAAGGGAGCUGUGACGCAAUUGUGUUUCAUAAAACAUCGCCCCCUAUCAGUCCGACACAGAAUUACAUUCCUUAUGAAAAAAAA